CGAUAAUCGCCUCUUUCUGCCACCGCCUUCCUUUCUAGCGCACCUCUUCUGGACAGCUGGUGUUGACCUUGUUGUUGCGAGACACUUUUGAACAAAGAGUAAUUACCAUGUAAGUAGAGAAGCCCCUAUCGAUUGAGCUGGCUCUGACGAACAAGAAGUGAGAAUUGCUUCGAACGGACCGUCUGCCACGAAGGAACCAUGGCGACAGAAGCCGACCUCUUCAACCAGUACCCCCUGCACCUCGACCCGGCGACGAAAGCGAUCUCUCUCGCCAGUUCAGCCGGGUACACCGCGGUACAGAUCGAAAAUGUCAACAAGGAACUCACAGCGCUGAACCAACUGCACCGCUCGCUGCUCGCGCUCGACCCGCCCAACACCCCCCCGCCUCCCCUGCCGGUGAACCCCAAGCGCAGCGCCCAGAUCUCCAAGCUCCGCGACACCGCCAACGCAGCCUACCGCAAGGGCACGCACGUCGAAGCAGUGAAGCUGUACACCUACGCGAUCGAUAUGGCGCUCGGCCGCCCCGGCUGGGAACCCGUGGGCCUCGCCCGCGACGAGCUGUCCGCCCUCUACGCCAACCGGGCCCAGGCGUACAUGGCGCAACAGGCGUGGCCGGAGGGAUUGAUCGACGCGCGGGCCAGCGUCGACUGUAAACCGGUGGGGAAUGUCAAGGCCUGGUUCCGUGCUGGGAAAUGUCUCGCGGAGAUGAGCCGGGGGGAAGGAGUUGCUGGGAUUACUGGGUGAAGUGCAGGAGAGAUCAUUGCAUCAAUGAGUUUCA